AUGAUAGAAUGCCAAAGUGGAAGAAAGCGAGCCAACAGGUGGCAGCAGCACGAGCGACAAAGUUUCCCUCCAACAAAGGGGGACAUCACCGUCCUGGAGGUGGAUGCCAUCGUCAAUGCUGCCAACUCCAGUCUACUCGGAGGGGGAGGUGUUGAUGGCUGCAUACACAAGGCUGCGGGGGGAUGUCUGUAUGAUGAGUGUCACUCCCUUAAUGGCUGUGAAACCGGCAAGGCCAAAAUCACCUGUGGCUAUGAUCUGCCCGCCAAAUAUGUGAUCCACACUGUGGGACCGAUGGCGAGAGGUCGGGCCGGCCCUUCUGAGAGCAGUGACCUCAGCGCCUGCUACCAGAACUCCCUGAAGCUACUGGUGGACCACAAUCUGACCACUGUGGCCUUCCCGUGUAUAUCCACCGGCAUCUACGGCUUCCCGAACAAGUCUGCCGCUGACAUCGCCCUCAAAACCGUCAAGAGCUGGAUCGAGGAGAACCCCGACAAGGUAUGA